CUCACGCAGGCAACAGUCUGGCUCACUGAGGUAAAUCUUGCCCUUUGCUCCUCAAGAUCCUCAAGUCUUUCUUGUCAACAUUCACGAUUGUUGUCAGCCGAUUACUUCAGCCAAUUGUCAUCGACAUCCACAAUCAUGGCACCUGUUGCAGAGCUCAGCAGCGCCAUUGCGCACACUACAGCAAGCGGCGCAGCGCCAAAGAAGCCGAAUUGGUUCUCGACCGGCUCGCUCGAGACGCAUGAUGAUGGUUCUCACAUUCUGCACUGGUCAGACUGGAGCGCUGGCAGCAGUAGCUCCAGCAGCAGUGCAGCAACAAGCGAAAGCAGGAGGGAGGUGUUCCUGGCAUCUCUGAGACGGUGCAUGACCAGCACUGGUUUCUUCUACCUCGACGGCUCUCCCCUCGAGUCGCUCAGGGAAGAGCUUUUCCGCGUAACGGCAGCCGUCUUCGCGUCGCCCGAAUCAGAACGGAGUCAGAUCCUCAUGGUGGACUCGCCGCACUUUAGGGGCUACUCUCCCCUGUAUGAGGAGCAAACGCAGGGCAAAGCGGAUCAGAGAGACCAGAUCGACUAUGGACCUCAGGUUGAAGGUAGACCCAAGGCGGAGUUUGCGCCUCAUCGCCUGUUGGGCCCCAAUCAGUUCCUCCCAGACCACGUCCUUCCUGGCCAUCAGUCCGUCAUCCUGCAGUACACGAGGAGAGCUCAAGAGCUGUCCGAUCAGCUCACAACCGCUCUCGAGCUUGCCCUCGGAGCGCCACAGAAUGCUCUGCACCAGUUCAUGAAGAGCGAGCAGGACGAUUCGUACUUCAGAAUGAAGACCAUCAGGUAUCCAAAUGCCCGAGGCGGCGGUGAUCAGGGAGUAGGAGCGCACAAAGACGGAGGCUGGUUAACUCUGCUCGCCACGAUGCCAGCCAAAGGACUGCAAGUCCAACUAGCAUCGGGAGACUGGGUGGACGUGCCGCACAGGACUGGCGCAAUCAUCGUGAAUGCCGGUCAACAGAUCGAGCGAGUGACGCGAGGGCUUCUAGUAGCAGCGACCCAUCGCGUCUUCGCAGAUCCCACCGUGGGCGAACGCCUCUCGGCUCCCUUCUUCAGCAUGCCCGCGCUAUCCAAAGUAGUACGACCGCUACCUCUAGACUCGCUCUCUCCUCAGUUCAGAGCCGCUUUCGAAGCUGCCAAAGCAGCCAGAGGCGGCGACGACGUCAAGAGCGACGUCCCACGAGGAGAUUUGUGGGGUGGCGAAGAGGAGCCGUUCGGUGAGCUCGCUUGGCGAGGCAUUACGCGAAGUCAUUCUCAAGUCGUGGAUCGAUGGCAUCGAGACGUAGUUCCUCCUACUGCAUCUUAGUCGCCCACGUCUCUCAUCUGUAACAACACUGGUAACACGUCGGGCUUGCAAUUUGAUGCGGACUGCCUUGUCGAAGACAUUGU